AUGCAAAUCACCAUUGGAGGCGAUGGCCUGGAGAAGCCGCAGCCGCCCAAGCCGCACAGCUUCGAGGCGGCCAUCACAUUGACGGGAGUCGGACGCUUCCACUACAAGCUGCUGCUCAUCUGUGGGCUCUGCUUCAUGGCCGUAAUGGUGGAGAUCAUGGGCGUCAGUCUGAUCAUGAAUCCCAUGAAGUGCGACCUCCAGCCGACGAUCGAUCAGCAGGGCAUCCUGGCCUCGGCUGGUUUUCUGGGCGUUGUGCUCAGCUCCCAUGCCAUGGGCUUCCUGGCAGACACAUGGGGCCGCGUGACCACGUUGCGGUAUGCGCUCUUUUUUGCCGCCGCCUGUUCGAUUGUCUCCGGCUUUUCGGUGAACAUUUGGAUGCUGAUCGUGUUCCGUUUCCUCACGGGCUUCUUCAUCUCCGGCGGUCAGGCGUGCGUCUUCAGUUUGUGCGGCGAGUUCCAUGGCAACGGCUCGAGGGUGAGGCAUGUAACACUGCUCUCGGGCUUCCUCUGUUUGUCCAUGAUCUUUGCUCCAGCCAUGGCCAUUGCCAUUCUUCCUGUACGCAUCGAAACCAUUGUCCUGGGCCUGCGCUUCUCCUCGUGGCGCGUGCUGCUGAUCGCCAACGUAUCCAUCUCGUUGCUCGCUCUCGUCGGCCUCUCCAUGCUGCCCGAGACGCCCAAAUAUAUGCUGGUGCAGGGCCACAGCGAGGCAGCCCUGGAGACACUGAAAACCAUUUACAGCCAGAACAGUGGCAGGCCCAGCUCCGAGUAUCCAGUGCGGGCGAUUUCACUGGAGAGUGGCGGUGCCAGUCUGUCGGAUGUGCACGGAUUUUGCGACGCCGUGCGACUCGUAUGGCGGCAGACAGUGCCGCUCUUCUAUCGCUCCCGGCUGUUGCACACACUGAACAUCUGUACGAUUCAGUUCCUCGUCUACUGCAUGGCCCAGGGCAUCUUCAUGUGGUUCCCCACCAUACUCGAUGAGCUGGGCGCACGCGGCGGACAAGCAACGCUCCUCUGCCAGGUGCUGGAGGAGUUUGAUAACACCGGCAACAGUGGCCCGGAGGCGUGUGCCAUGGAUGUCGAUACGAACACCUACCAGGUGAUGAUCAUCAUUGGAGCAGCGUUCACAGUGAUCUAUUUGGUGUUUGCCUAUAUCAUUGAUUACACCGGAAAGAAGAAUCUCUUAAUGGGCUGGAUGGCUCUGACAAUGAUCUGCCUGGUGGGUCUGCACUAUGUGGAACAAUUUGCUCUGGUGGUCAUCGGCCUGACCGUCGUCAUGGCCAUUGGCAAUUGCGGCGGUCUGGUUAGCACCAUUGCCAUGGAGUUCUAUCCCACGCACAUCAACGCCAUGGGCAUGUGCUUCAUCAUGAUGAUGGGUCGCCUCGGUGCGGUGGUCGGCAGCAAUCUGUUGGGUCGUCUGCUCUUCGCCAGCUGCGACACGGUGUUCUGGGGGCUGCUCGGUCUGGUCAUCUUACUCUGCAGCUUGGGCUAUUUCCUGCCCGAGAAGUCGCGUACCAAGAGUGUAACAGCGACAGCGACAACGACAACGACGCCCUCGGCGACGGCAACGGCAACGGCAAUUGUGACGGCCACAACGACACCGAUCUUGGCAAUUAGCUCUAAGUAGGAUUAGUUUAUACCCAUUAAGAGGAACAGUAAAGGAAAAGCAAGACAGAAACCAGCUGACACCCCAAUGGGGCAAAG